UUACGGGGAAGCAAAAAAGUUAGUGCUAGUCUCUCUGGUUCCUUCAUAUUCUGCAGUCUCCCACCCUCAAGCCUCUUCUUCUCAUAAACGAAAGCGAAGACGCACCUCCACAAAACUCUCGUCCAAGCCAUUGCGCUAGGAGCAAUUUGGGUUUCGAGGAGAAGAUGAAAAAAGGAAUUCAUCCACAGCGUCAAUGGAUUUCCUACGUAACCCAGAGUGGGCGAUUGAUCAACGUUAUGAUGACAAAAAUACACCAAGUUGUUAAAGUCUAUCACAUAAGGGGUAGACAGGAGAGGACCGAAGGCAUUGGCCAGAUUGCAAAAUUUAAGCGUCGUUAUGAACAACAGAAGGUAGAGGAAACAGAAGAGAAGUAAAUCCUUUCACUUGCAGGAGCAAUGAUACAUUUCUAUGUUUUCCCUGAACCAAAUAUGGAAUGCCUUGUUUUCAUUUGUCAUUACACUAUCGUGCAUGGUAGCACAUAUGCUUCAUCAUUUCUUUUCCAUAAUUGACAACUUUUAAUGGUUUCUUAUGGACAUUGAUGGGUAAUAUUUCACAGAAUGGAUACCAAGGGCUUCAGUAUCUGCUGGUUGUCCUUUCAUCUUCUUUGCAAUUGUUAUUGUUUUCUUUUGGAUCUUAACGGUAUUCUCUGCCAAGUUGAAUUAAGGAUAUAUGACAAAUGUACCUUUGAUUA